GAGCGCAUACGUGAGCUCCUUUCCAAGAGCGGCGUGGCCGCCGAGCUCUUCGCGGCUGCGCGCACCAGCGCUGAGGCGCCGGGUGCGUCGCGGCCGCUGCUGUGCAUCCUCGACCGAGAUGUAGACCUGGUCACGAUGCUCAACCACACAUGGACCUACCAGGCAAUGGUGCACGACAUCCUCGGCAUGCGGCUGAACAAAAUGCAGGUGCCAGUCGAGUCGGAGGAUGCCUCGGCCCCACCGAAACCCAGGUCCUACGACGUGGACGAGGCGGACGCCUUCUGGACCGCGCAUGCGGGAGACCAGUUUCCUGAAGUCCUCAAUGCCGUCCCGAAAGCUAUCGAGGACUUCGAGAAGAGAAGAACCGAGAUGGCGGGCUCGGGCCAGCAGGAGGAUGCGCUAGCUCCCGGGCUUGCGGCUGCCAUCAAUGCGCUGCCGGAGAU